AUGGAAACGCCAAAGUGGAUCACCUGCCAAUAACAUCCAUGCUAGGUGAGAAAGUCUGAAGGAAUCGAAGAUGACUUCCAACCAAGACGAGCAAGGACUAUUGACUGUAAGCCAACGACUAGAAAGACAAUUAUGAAAGACAACUAAAAUCUUACCCAACCCAAGGAGAUGCAGUUCCUAACAUCAGCCAAAAUCUAAGAAAGAAGUGGAGCAGCGAAUAUUGACUGGAAAAGCCUACAACGUUGUGAGAAACAACCUCACAACUGGGAACUCAUAAAUUCGAUUUACAACGAAUUCCGUAUAAUCGCACUGACGAAAAAGGCGAGGAAGAACAAGAGCAGGAGGUGAGUUUUUUUUCCGGUGAUGGUGAGAAGCACCGCACACUGGAAAGGUAAACGAAAACAGAGAUGGUGACGGCUCAAGGUCAAAAUAUGGGGAGAGGAAAAAAACAUCUUUAAAGUUAUAAUAUACAAAAAUAUGAAAAAAAAUAAAAACAAUUUUGACGUCUAAACCAUUAAUCUUAAAAUCAACAAAUGCCUAAAUGCCAUGUUAUUGAAAUUCAAUAUGCUUUUACAUUAUAUGUGAUAUACCAUGGAUUUUACCUAUUAUUAGCCAUGGUAUAUAUAUAUUUUUAUAUGUAUUUACUUUGAUAUAGAGUCUAUUUAGAAUGUUUAUAUUUUCAGGGACGAUUUGGAGGAAAGUGAUGAUUUUGGUGUCUUUUGGAGCUUUUUGAGUGUAGAACUGCACAUAAGCUUCAGAUGUCUAGCUAUGGAUAGACACCUUCCCACCGUAGAUUGAGUCCAUAUUUUCACACAAGAUAUAACUUUGAGUUAGAUUUCCAAUGCCACCGGUUUGAGGUCAAUCAGCAACCUGUAGGAUAACUUAUGCUCGGUUUACUGAAGAGUUGUCAGUCUUCCUCGCGAGAGGAAGCUGUCGAGGAGAUGAAUGAAUGUCGAUCGAUAAAACAGUAUUGGUGUCGAUCGACAGUGAUGCCAGAACGUGGGCCAAACAUAUUUUAAGACCGAUUGAAGCCCAUAAGCCACACAAAGUUUCCAAAAUACCCACGGACGACCAGAAACCCUUUGUAUGUAUUUAUAAGCCAUUGUUAAUGGCUACAAGCUUUCAUUAUCUUAUUCUAUUGUUUUCUCUUAGGUUUGGAGAGAAUAUCAAUUCUCCUUCAGAGAUUUAUUGGAACUCCAUUGGUUUUAUCAUUGAUUUCGUAUCUAUUAUAUUAUUCACACUAUGAUUUAUAUUAUUGAUUCUAUGUCUGAGUAAUCAUCUUGUUAGGUUUAGGGAUUUCAUGAGCUUAAUGUCAAACUGAUGAUAAAUAAGGAUUGCUAGAUUAUAUAUAGAUCUCUUCACCAGGGUGAUUUGUAAUACUAGGAUCUGGAAUAGUUAGAAUAGCACGACAGUGUGACUAAUUGUUUGAAUCUAGAAUCAUAGGGUAGUUGAGAGGCACAAAACUGCAAUCAAUUAAAGGAACCCAAACUCUGCAGGAUUAGAUACCUAGGCGCAUAAGAGAGUUGGUCUAGGAAUCUAGUUGAACUUAAUCGAUUAGGUCAUUAAUGCUUAUCUGAGGAAGCAUCGAUCGACGUUCAGGCCAUAGCAUCGAUCGACGCUCGCUCCAAUUCAAUAAGCUACAGCUGAGACUUGACUUAGACAUAGGAUUAGCAAUUGCAUGCGAAAGCUGGAUAGCUUACUUAUUAAAAUCGAGUUCUAUAAUUGAAUCUAUAAACCAUUAGCAUCCUUGAAUUGUAGUUUUGAAUCUCUUGAUUGAUAAAUCCCUUGGUCUAGCUAUUUCUCCCAAUUGAUUACAACUUCAAUCAACCAAUCAAACAACUACUUUGUUCACCUUGCUUUCAUAUAAUUUACUGAUUUAAUAUUGAUUGCCUAGAUUAAUCUUAAUAUCUGUAGUCUAUUGUGUGCUCAUGCUCUCUAUAGAUUUGAUCCAUAAGUACUACAAUUGAACAUCUUAUUUGAGAGAAUAAAAUCAUUCAUUAGGAUAAUUGAAGUGAUAUCAAUAUGCUCAAUUCACUACUAACAAAUACUAUACACACAACAACACAUUAUUGGAAGAAAAAAACAUAAUAUAUUAACCUAUCACCUACUACUACAUAACACACUCAAAACACUAGAUAAUGCUCUUAACAAAUUAAAACGACCACAAAAUUACAUUAUCCAAAAAAUUAUACUCUUAAUAACAAUAAAAUAAAAUAAUUUUGGACUAUCUAAUCAUUUUUGCACUAACUAUUAUUAUAUAAAGUUUAAUAAUCUAUUUUAUUGGUCACUAAAAUUCAAGAUGAAUAAAUAAAUAAAUAAAAUAAUAGAAAUAUAAUUUAAAUAUUUAAUUUAUUAUAACAUAAAUUUUUAUUAUUUUACUAUUUUCUAUUAUUUUAUUUACAAAUUAUAUAUUUAUUUUAUUCUACAGUAAAUUUACUGGUAAACUUAUUGGUAUAAAAUAAAAAACAUAGGUAUCGUGAUAUUGUAGCCAAUAAUUGUUAGGUUUUGGACGAAACAAAUAUUAAAAAAACCAUAUUCAUGUAUCAUAUUAUAUUAUUAACCAUUCAUUAUUUGGUUUGCAUUAUAUUUACAUUUGACUUAAUUUAAAAAAUAAUAUUAUUUAAAUAUGAUUUAAAUCUAAUAAUAUCAACUUUACAAACGACCAAUUUAGUGAAUUCCUAAUUGUAACAUUUAUUGAUAGUGUACUAUACUAUCUUUAAUAAAAAUGACAUUAAAAUGGUAAAAUGACACACAUAAAAAAUAAUAUAAAAACAUUUUUUAAGAAAAAUAAUUCUCAACAAUCCCGUGCGUCGCGGAGACAGCCUCCUAGUAUAAUAUACACUAGACAUGUACUACUUUACUAAUUAUAUAUCAACUACUUUUUAUGAAUUUUACGAGCAUUGGCGAUAUUUAAAACGGACAUAGCUUCUGUGUUAGUAGGAUUUGACUAAGAUGAAUAAUUCAUAACAGUGUAGAGAUCCUAAACCACUGGUGGUACCGUGCUAGCUAGUGGAUAUAAUAUAAGGUUGCAUGGUUUCAUUAUACAUAAGAGUUUUCAACCAUUAGUUUUAGGCUAGCCCUCCCACGAAAAUUACAUCAAAUGAGAAUAAUUCUGAAUUUAAAAAGUCGAAAAUCAGCAGUCUGAAAGUUUUCUAAAAAUUCUUUGGUUUGAAAAAUAAAGCGUAUGUUUUGUGGGACCAAUCAAAUAAAAUGUCAACUCAAUCUGAAGACGAAGCAUUUUUUUUUUGAAGUUAUGUGUUUGGUUUGGACAUUGUGAACAAGUCGCCUUCUUCGACAACGCGGUGGCUAGUCGCUUUCAUACUUUUAUUUAUUUAUUUUACAAAAAGGUGACAUAGCUUACAUAAUAAUUUGGUUGAAAACACACAAUCCUGUAUUAUAAUUUAUCUGAGUGUUCUAGAAGCUUGACUCACUCCUAAUGAGCACUUCUACCAAAUAAUUUUUAGUCUAAUGAAAUCUGUGCGGCUUUUCUCCAAUUAAUUUAUUUUCCCAAUUGAUUUUGACCUUAUUUUUAAGUUUUAAAGGAGGGAGAAGAGAAAGUGCAAUUCUUCUAGAACAUAUUCACUUAGUUUCAUUUAAAAUGUGUAUGUUUUUAAGUUUUCUGAUAAAUUAAAAAUAUUUUUAAUUUUUAAUAUAAAUAUAUUAUUUUGUGAUUAACUAUUUACAUAACUUUUAUCCAAUCAAAAUUUAAUAAGCAUAACUAUUUUCUUCAAAAUUUAUAAUUUACCAUCGUUGUCUAUAAUAAAAAGUAUUAAAAUGUAAAAUGCAAUUUUUAAAACAUUUUUCUAAAACAAAAAUCUUUUUGAAAACAUAGUGUGUAUUCCAUCAGUAAUUUUAUAUAAUUUUAAUGAAAUUAAAAUUAGCUUAAAAUUUUCAGAAAUAUAUUAUAAAAUAUUAAAACCUUUCUAAAAUACUUACAUAAUAUAAAAUGGAGAGAGAAAUCAUUAUCCAAUUCUUUUUGAUGUGGAGCUUUAGGAGAAAGGGCAAACGUGUCAUUUUCCCCCUUGGAGCCAACCACUCACGACUAUGAACUUGUCUAAGUAUGAAUUAAAUGACAAUGUCAGGCGCAGUUAAACUUUAGAAAGCGGUAUAAACCCACCGAAAGAAGUCGUCGCCCUCUUUCUCUGAGUAAACUAUUCAUUUUGCCUCUUUGGUAAGAAAAUUUCUUCAGAAAGAAACCGAGUAGUUAAGAUUAAAAUAUAAAACUGGAAAUAGUUAGAAAGUCGUGGUCUCUUCCCCUUAGACUUUAAAAGCUCUUUCUCCCAUUACAAACCAAAACCAUUAGAAAAAAACAACAACACAAAAAAACAAGAAACUAUGGCCGUGAAGAAGAAACUAUCCUGGAGAUCACUAAUGGUUUUAUGUUUCUUGGAUCCAGACAACAUAUGUUCAUCAAAAAAGGUAAAGAAAAAUGACGGUGAUGGUGUAAUAACAAAACAGAAAUCAUUUCUCGGGUUGUCGAUUUUAGACAUAAGCGAUCCAAGUUCCUCAACCUUGUCUGAAGAUCUUUCAAUCUCUCUGGCCGGUUCGGAUCUCCACGUUUUCACACAGGCAGAGCUCAAAGUCAUAACACAAAGCUUCUCUUCAAGCAACUUCCUCGGCGAAGGAGGGUUCGGUCCGGUUCACAAAGGGUUCAUCGACGACAAGUUACGUCCUGGUCUUAAAGCUCAGCCUGUGGCCGUUAAACUUCUCGAUCUAGAUGGCCUUCAAGGUCACCGUGAAUGGCUGACGGAGGUUAUAUUUUUAGGGAAGUUAAAGCACCCAAAUUUGGUGAAGCUGAUUGGGUAUUGCUGCGAGGAAGAACAUAGACUUCUUGUCUAUGAGUUCAUGCCUCGUGGGAGUUUAGAGUCUCAACUAUUCAGAAGGUGUUCUAUAUCGCUGCCAUGGCUAACGAGGAUGAAGAUCGCUCACGGAGCUGCAAAGGGUUUGCAGUUUCUCCAUGAAGCAGAAAAGCCCGUCAUCUACCGCGAUUUCAAGGCCUCCAAUAUCUUGUUAGAUUCUGAUUAUACAGCAAAGCUCUCUGAUUUCGGGCUAGCAAAAGACGGACCAGAAGGUGACGAAACGCACGUGUCAACACGCGUGAUGGGCACGCAAGGGUACGCCGCUCCAGAGUACAUAAUGACAGGCCAUCUAACGGCAAAGAGUGACGUGUACAGCUUUGGGGUUGUGUUACUUGAGCUGUUGACAGGUCGGAGGUCGGUAGACAAAAAAAGAUCGUCAAGGGAACAAAACCUCGUUGAUUGGGCUCGUCCAAUGCUCAACGACCCACGAAAACUCGGGAGAAUAAUGGACCCGAGGCUCGAAGAUCAGUACUCAGAGACGGGUGCACGAAAGGCAGCGGCUUUGGCUUACCAAUGCCUAAGCUACCGACCAAACAGAAGACCAUGCAUCAGCACCGUUGUUUCAGCUCUCCAGGACAUUAAAGAUUACGGCGAUGAUAUUCCCAUUGGGACGUUUACUUACACGGUCUCUUCCUCGCCUGCCAAGCCAAGCCUUGAAGUUAAAGAGUCAAGCGUUCAAAAUUCGGACAAGCCUCGCAACGUUCAUAAGAGUGAUCAACAUCAUAAUAAGUACCGGUCUCCGGUGCAUACGGCACGAAACCACCGGUUAACUUUGAGAAACGGGUUAAAUUCACCAAUGCGUAAUGAGGCAGGAGGGGAACGGUACUGAGUUUCUCUCUUUCUUUUACAUGUGUAGUUUCUCUUUUCAAAACAUAAGAUGUAGAUAAUGUCUUUCGUCCAUCAAAAAUCUAAAACAAAAUUCUAGAAUAGGUUUUGUUUAAAAGGGUCUUUUCGUGGGGUUAAGUUGAUUAUUUUUAAGCCAAGUUACAAAAAAAAAGUUGAUUAUUUUUGUUUAUUUGUUUUUCUUUUGUUUGAUCCAUUCAAAGCAAGCAGAAGUAUUAUUGUAACACAACUUGGUCUAAAGAAGUUAAUAAAAAAAAUACAUUUGGUCUUAACAAA